ACCUUGGCGACCAUAAAAAGCAGCCCAAAGCAAGAGCAGAAGGAGGGACACGCACACUCCCAAAAAGUUGUCUGUCACGCAAAUGUUUGGAGGAGGACACUGCCACGCCACGGAGGACACCAGACACCCACAAGAAGAAGAAGAAGGAGGAGAGGGAGAGGAGGAGGAGGAGGGGGAGGCAAGAGGAAGAGGCGCUUGCAUCUCACGCCUGCGUGCACACGGGCUCUUCCACCACAAAAUGUCCAGCAAAGCGACGCUCGCCUUGCUCAUCUAUGGCAUCUUCAUGCGCCACGGCGGCGGCAGCGGAUCGCACCUGGGGCUCGCCUUUCCCCAAGUCACACUUGAGGGCGAAUUGUACGACGGAGACGGGAACUCGCUGCCGUCUUUGGAUUACGACGGGCAGCAGCUUCAGGUGAGAACUCCAGCCAUGGGGACGCAAGACCACGACGUCUUCUCCUUGUAUUACCCGCCGCCCGACAAAAGGACGGAAAGGCACGCAGACGGCAUGUUCAACAAAGCGUACAGGAAAGCGUUGGGACAGUUGUCGGCCAGGAAGUAUCUUAAUUCUCUCAUGGCCAAGCGGGUCGGCGGCAAGGCGCUGGACGACAGCGGCGAGCCGCUGUCCAAGCGUCACUCGGACGGCAUCUUCACGGACAGCUACAGCCGCUACCGCAAGCAGAUGGCGGUCAAGAAGUACCUGGCCGCCGUGCUGGGCAAAAGCAGACUCGAGGACGUAGAUUUGCGCGGCGUAGACUUUGACGCCCUCCUGGACGGGGAGGACUUUGAGGCUUUUUGGGGGGACUGGCUCAAACGGCUCCCCCCGAAAUUCCCGGUGAGUCAUAUUUUUAGAGGGAAGCUGGGCUUCUGGUUCUGGCCCUCUUCCCUUUCUCCUCGCAUUCUCCCCUUUGCUGAAAUGUCUUCAGUGUGAGGAUUUCUUGAAUACGUUUGGGGUCCUUUUCUUCUUCCACAAGUGAGCUUAAACCUUCCGCUCUUGUUCAGUGCGAAUGUUGUGUUUGUGUGUGUGUGUUAAUAAGCAAACAAAAAACACCCGCCUCUCUCUGACCAUCUAACAAGUAUCAUCACCGUUAAAGAAACAAGACGAAGCGGCUAAAAUUAAGAACCCAAUUAUUAUUUUUUUGCUUACGAGCAAACUACAAACAAAAUCAAUACUUGUUACAUGGUUGUUCCUAGCGAGAGACGCAUGAAGUUUGCACCUUCUGGUUCCACUUCUGUGCUUCCCUUUCUCACUUUUUCUCAGAAAGAAAAUGUUUUUUUAAAAAAAAAAAAUGAAAUGCAUGAUUAAAAUAAGAGAAAGAAAUGUUCUUGCCUUCUGCAACACACACACACAGCACACAUCAAGCAUCUCCUGACCGCGGCAUAAUAUGAAUGUAAACCAGCCAAGUGAGUGGCUCUUAAUGUCCUGCUUGACAUUUUUACUUAAUUUAAUUUUUUGAUUGUGCACUGAGACAAACUGUGGAGGAAAAGCAGCGAGACAAAGUGCAAGUGAAUUUUUGACUUUUAUUUUGUGUGUGUGUGUGCUGACUGCUUUGCACUCUUCUGCAGGCUUUGUGACACAGGAAGCGGUUUUAGCGGCUGCGCUACCUUGCAUCGACCUUUUUUUUUUGUCUAAUUGCCCUGAUGGCUAUUUAAGAGGCCCUACAAUGCUGCACACGAUCAGCUCACAUUUCCACCCCCCCCUUUCCUCAUUGUCAAGCAUUUUUUGUUAGUUUGGCCAUCAAGCAUGAAUUCCCCCCCCUCCCUUUUUUGUGCGUGUUUUUAAGCGAAGGCAAGG